AUGGAAACUGCAGAUUGGGACAAUGUGAGUGAAGUUCAGCAGGAGGCAGUCAGAGGGACCUGGAACCAUUCCUCCUCCACUAACUUUGUUCUCACCAGCCUUUUUAAUGAGAGCCGGAUGCACUUGUUCCUCUUCAGCAUGGUGGUGGUCAUCUAUACACUUGCCAUGGCCGGCAAUGCUGCCAUGGUCCUCCUGAUCUGGGCAGAUGCCCGGCUCCACACACCCAUGUACUUCCUCCUCAGCCAGCUAUCCUUCUUGGACAUCUUCUUCACCUCAGUCACUGUCCCCAAGAUGAUAGCAGGCUUCCUCUUUGGAUGGAUAAGCAUCUCAUUUGGAGGCUGUGGAGCACAAAUGUUUUUCUUCAUGUUCCUGGGGGCUGCAGAGUGCAUCCUGCUGGCCCUCAUGGCCUAUGACCGCUACGUGGCCAUCUGUAACCCUCUGCGCUACCCGGUGCUCAUGAGUCGCCAGACCUGCCUGCUCCUGGUGGCUGCCUCCUGGCUGGGAGGGUCACUCAACGCCUCCAUCCAGACUGCACUGACCCUGCAGUUCCCCUACUGUGGCUCACGGAAGAUUGCACACUUCUUCUGUGAGGUGCCUUCACUGUUGAGGUUGGCCUGUGCUGACACAGCCACCUAUGAGCGGGUGCUCUUUGUGACGGGUGUGGUGGUCCUCCUGGUGCCCAUUGCCUUCAUCACCACCUCCUAUGCCUUAAUCCUCGCAGCUGUGCUCCGGAUGCACUCUGUGGAGGGGCGUAAGAAGGCCCUAGCCACCUGCUCCUCCCACUUGGCAGUCGUCAACCUCUUCUACGGGCCCCUUGUCUACACUUACAUGUUACCUGCAUCCUACCACUCUCCUGGCCAGGAUGAUGUAGUAUCCGUCUUCUAUACCGUCCUCACACCCAUGUUGAAUCCUGUCAUCUACAGCCUCAGGAACAAGGAAGUAACAGGAGCAAUGAAGAAGGUCAUAGGGAAGUGUGGGAAAGUAGCGGACAAGCCGGAAGGAGCCCCAGACCACUUCCGAAUACCAGGUGCCUCCAAAGGCCAAGCUCACAGUGGCCCACCCAGCAAGUAG